AGCAUUGUGAUCAAGCUCGGAUGUCAGCUUCGUCAUGCACGUGCGCACGACGGAGGAUCGCCGUAUGGCAAACCUGCGAGAGGUCUCGCCCAGGACGAGAGGUGUGCAGGAGCGUCGAUCACCCGCGAAAGCGCCGAGCGCGAAAGCGGCAGCUCCAGUCCACACCGCCGCCCGCGCGGCACAUGGAACCGUGCGCACUGUGCACGGGCCGACGCAUAGCCCCACUCGCCCCGCUGGCUCUGGUAUUCCCAAGGCCCGCCCGCCUUUCGUUCCGACGAGCCGCGGGGUCCGAGGCACCCGCGUGUCCAACAGGGUGAAGGCGCAGAACCCGGUGGUUUGCUUCCUCUGCGACGUCGGCCUGCCGCAGUAUGUGGAUGCGAUGCUACGGAAUGGCUUCGAUGACAUGGAAACCUUGGCUGACAUGAAGGAGGAGCACAUGAAGUCGAUGGGCUUCCUGCCGGGCCACGCUCUGAAGCUUAAGAAGAAGCUGGCGCACUUGGGAGGUUGGAUUUGUGACGCUGCAGAAGCCACGCCGACACCCUCCCUGAAGAGCCUUCCCGAUGAUGCGGAAAUCAGUUUAAUGAGCAACGAGUCCGCGCUGUCGGUGCAGCAGAGCUGGUCAGAGGUCCGGAAGUUGGGCAUUUCCACAGUGGGCCACACUUUUUACAAGCACAUGUUUCAGCUGGUGCCGGAAGCGCGCAACCUGUUCCCCAUGACCUUUCAGCACCACUUCGGGGAGGAGGGUCUGUUCCAUGAGAGUUUGGCCAAGGCGGUGGCCAGUCCCCCGGCGCUGGUCCUGGAGCAUUUUACGCGGGUUUUGGAGGCCAUCGGAACGGCGGUAGCAGGCCUGCAGAACCGGGAGAAGCUGGCGCCGCAGCUUACGGCCCUUGGGGUGAAGCACGCCACCCUUGGCCUGGAAGAGAAGUACUUCCGUGUGGGCAACGCCGCGCUGAUGCUGACGCUCCACGAAGCUUUGGGCGAGCGCUUCACCACCUCCCUGGAGGAGUCAUGGACCCUGGUCUAUGGCUUCAUGUCUGCCAACAUGAUCUCAGGGUUCCGGGACUACCGCAUGAAAGAGGCGCAGGUGGCGGAGUACCGACAGCAACUGCGCCGGAGCAUGAAGCAGAGUGAGAAGGUCGCGGCCAAGGAGGCGGCCAAGGAGAAACCAAGCCCCAAGCUCUUGGCCCAGAAGAUCGCAGCACACCUUGGGACGACACCUCCUCCGACGCCUUCAGCCGCGGUUUCGAAGGAGGAGUCGACGGACCUGCCUCACUUGUUGCUUCUUGGCGUAAGGGACGGCUGAAAGCCUUUCCGAUUUUGGCAUUCCUGGAGAUCAAAGUUAGGUGCCUGGAGAUCCUCGAAGUUACUUAGCUGCUCAAAGGUAGCAAGCGGCUUUGGCCCCAGGUGGCUGCGAGCUGUACCAAUUGAAUCGAGCUCACCGAUCCGGGAAGAAAAGGAGCGAAGGUUUCUAGAGAUUCUUGAUUUCAGUUUGGU